AUGGCCACUCAGGGGUGGGCAGAUGCGAUGCUUCAUCAACCUAAGGACUUGAUCGAAGUGAGCAGAUUGCUGUAUGAUCCACCACCAAAAAGCAGCGCACCAGUCGUUACGGAGCUGAGUACCACAACCAGAACCACCACCACCUCCGCCGCUGCCGCCACCUCUGCCAGCGCACCUUGCCAGACACCUGCUGCUGCGCGUCCCACGACUCCUCCACCUGAUGAGGCCACAGUCUCUCAAAUGCGGAGCCUUUGUGGGGCAGAGCGAGGCAGCAGGCUGAUAGAGGCGGCUAAGAAAGGGGCGGUGGAGGAGGUGCGGCUGUUGCUCGCGGCUGGGGCGGACGUGGGGGCGAGGGGCGGGGUCUACGGGUGGACCGCCCUGCACUGGGCUGCAUGGAGAGGCGACGCGGCUGUGGUGCGGCUGCUGCUCUCUGCGGCGUCCGACCCCAACGCCAGGGAUCAGUUGGGGUGGACGCCGCUGCACUGGGCGGCAUACUAUGGCCACGCAGAAGCGGCGGCUGCGUUGCUGCAGGCCGGAGCCGACAGGGGGGCGACAGAUGAACGUGGGGAGACCCCCCUGGACAUCGCCAGGCGGCAGAACGAUCAGCAGCUCGUCGAGAUGCUAACAGGGCCUUAA